CGAACCAGUUAGCACCUGUUAGGGCCAUUCCCUUUCAUACACUCCCUCUGUGCUCUCAGGAAGCCGGUGCAUGGUGUGAGAAAACGGCUUAUUACACAUUUGAAUCAUGGCCCAGCACUGGCACAUGUUGUAUCUGUGCAGCGUUUGGCACCUCCAGACCCUUCAUGUGGCAGCUUUCAACCUGGACACUCACAACGUGCUGCAGAGAAGCGGAGAUCCAGGAAGCAUGUUUGGAUUUUCCAUUGCGUUUCACCAGCAGCUGAGGCCGGCCAGAAAGAACCUAUUGUUGGUUGGAGCUCCACAAGCAAAACACCAGAACCAGGUGAACGUUACAGGUGUUGUUUACCAGUGUGACCUGACUACGACGUCCGAGCGCUGUCAGCCCAUUGAGUUUAACAGUGAAGAGUUCCUCAAUAGCAAAGACAUAAAUGGCCAGUGGAUGGGAGUUAGAGUGACGAGCCAAGGUCCGGGGCAAAAUGUAAUGACUUGUGCCCAUCGAUACCAACAGUGGAGCUCGAGCCCCAGCGGGAAUGUCCCUCACCUGCUGACGGGUCAGUGUUACCUUCUAGGUGACGACCUGCAGGCCGGGGGGGAAGAGAGGACCUGGAGGAGGGUUGUUUGUGAUUCUGAGCACCUCAGCAGACGGCAAAACAGCCACGAGUGGUUUGCGUACUGCCAGCAGGGCCACGGAGCCUCUUUUGCAAAGGACAACCGGUCGCUGUUGUUCGGGGCCCCCGGCGCUUACCUGUGGAAAGAUAAACGACAGCAGUGGUCGACAACGAGGUCAAACUGCAGGUCAAACUCGGCACCAGAUCAUUUUGAUCCUUUGAUCAUUUGAACCAUGUCGGACUGACACAGAUAAACUGUCCAGCAACAAAUACAGAUACCAAUGUGUCUGUGACAGGAUCAUAUAUGAAUCAAUAAAUAGGUUGGGUUCCAUUA